AUACUGUAUUGUCUUGUCUUCUUUUGUUGAGCCAUUUUGAGAUUGUCUGUAAAACUAAAAUCAAAUACUAUCAUUUCUCCACUUUCCUCACUCCUCAUCACUCGUCACUCCUUGCUUGCUCUCUUUCUUUUGCUUGACUUUCAGUUCUCUCACUGCUACUCAUUGGUGCGUGCAACAAUUCACAACAAAUCAGAUUUGCAAAAAUGGAAGCAGACUGCAAUGGAGAAAAUGGAAUAAAAAUGAGGAUUAGGAGGAGGAGGAGGAGCAAACAGAAAGAGAGGGACGAGCUGGGUGAGUUACUGAAGAAAUCAUGGUACCAUCUCCGGCUUUCUGUGAGACACCCCAGUCGGGUUCCCACCUGGGACGCCAUCGUGCUCACCGCCGCUAGCCCCGAGCAAGCCCGGCUCUACGACUGGCAGCUCAACCGCGCCAAGCGCAUGGGCCGUAUCUCCCCUUCCACUCUCACCCUCUCCGUCCCUGACCCCGAUGCCCAUCGGAUCGGCUCCGGCGCCGCCACUCUCAACGCCAUUCACGCCCUCGCUGCCCAUUACAACGACGAGGUAGCAACCACAGAAAAUAAUAACAGUUCUGGAUAUUCAAUGCAACAUCAGAAUUCCAACGACGAUGUCCCUCUCACGCCAAUGGUUAGCUUCAUGGCCAAAAAGCAUAUACUAUUGCUUCAUGCUGGAGGUGAUUCUAAAAGAGUCCCUUGGGCAAAUCCUAUGGGAAAAGUGUUCCUGCCACUUCCAUAUUUGGCAGCAGAUGACCCUGAUGGGCCAGUUCCACUGCUCUUUGACCAUAUUCUUGCCAUUGCUUCUUGUGCAAGACAAGCAUUUAAAAAUGAAGGCGGUCUAUUUAUUAUGACCGGAGACGUUCUUCCUUGUUUCGAUGCCUCCACCAUGGUACUUCCUGAGGACACAUCCUGCAUCAUCACUGUUCCGAUCACACUAGAUAUUGCUUCUAACCAUGGUGUUAUUGUGGCAUCUCAAAGCGGGAUUACAACUAAGAAUUUUUCAGUCAGUCUAGUUGAUAAUCUUUUACAGAAACCCGGUGUAGAUGAGCUUGUUGAGAAUAAGGCUAUUCUAGAUGAUGGCAGAACACUACUUGACACAGGAAUUAUAGCAGUUAGAGGUCAAGCUUGGGUGGAGCUGGUUAAGCUUUCAUGUUCCUGCCAACCAAUGAUUUUGGAGCUUCUGAAGAGCAGAAAAGAGAUGAGUUUAUAUGAAGAUCUGGUAGCAGCUUGGGUACCUGCAAGACAUGAGUGGUUGCAAAAGCGCCCUUUGGGCGAAGAACUGGUCAGCAGAUUGGGAAAACAGAAGAUGUUCAGCUACUGUGCUUAUGAUUUGUCGUUCCUACAUUUUGGAACUUCAAGUGAAGUUUUGGAUCACUUAAGUGGGGUUGGUUCAGGACUUGUUGGCCGAAGACACUUGUGUUCCAUCCCAGCAACAACUGUAUCCGACAUUGCAGCAUCUGCUGUUGUUCUGUCAAGCAAAAUUGCACCUGGGGUGUCAGUUGGUGAAGAUUCUCUUAUAUAUGAUUCAUCCAUUUCUAAUGGAAUACAAAUUGGUUCCCAAUCUAUAGUUGUUGGUAUCAAUGUUCCAGGAGACAAAGGUGGUUUAGUAGAAGAUUCAUUUAGGUUCAUGCUUCCUGAUCGCCAUUGUCUUUGGGAGGUUCCUCUAGUAGGAUGCACUGACAGAGUUAUUGUGUAUUGUGGCCUCCAUGAUAACCCAAAAAAUUCACUUUCUAGGAAUGGGACUUUUUGUGGAAAGCCCUGGAAAAAGGUUUUGCUUGAUCUAGGCAUUCAGGAAUCUGAUCUGUGGAGCUCAACAGUUUUUCAGGACAGAUGCUUAUGGAAUGCAAAAAUAUUCCCCGUUCUUCCUUACUUUGAGAUGCUUACUAUGGCAACAUGGUUGAUGGGCUUGAGUGACCAGAAAACCAACCACUUGCUUCCCUUGUGGAAAAAUGCAAGCCGUUUCAGUUUGGAGGAAUUGCAUAGAUCAAUUGAUUUCACAAGAAUGUGUAUAGGCUCCAGUAACCAUCAAGCAGAUCUUGCAGCUGGAAUUGCUAAAGCGUGCAUUCAUUAUGGCAUGCUUGGACGCAAUCUCUCUCAAUUGUGUGAAGAAAUUCUUCAAAUGGAAGUUUCAGGUGUUGAAAUAUGUAAGGACUUCCUGGAUCUGUGCCCCAAACUUCAGGAGCAGAAUUCUAAGAUUCUUCCGAGAAGUCGGGCAUACCAGGUGCAAGUUGAUCUGCUUCGAGCAUGCAGUGAUGAAGCAACAGCAAGUGAGUUGGAGCACAAAGUCUGGGCUGCAGUUGCUGAUGAAACGGCUUCAGCUAUAAGAUAUGGCUUUAAAGAACAUCUCUUGGAGUCCCCUACCAACACGUCCACCCCAGAAUUUCAGAAAAACAAGUUUGAUAACUGCAUAGGUCAAUUUUUCCACCCUAGAACGGUCAAGGUCGAAUUACCUGUUCGUGUAGAUUUUGUGGGGGGUUGGAGUGACACUCCUCCAUGGAGCUUAGAGCGUGCUGGUUGUGUUCUGAAUAUGGCAAUAAGUCUGGAAGGUUCUCUUCCCAUUGGCACCAUCAUACAGACGAAAGAAACAGCUGGAGUAUUGAUUAACGAUGAUGCUGGAAACCAGCUACAUGUUGAAGAUCUUACCUCUAUUGCAAGUCCAUUUGACAGCAAUGAUCCAUUUCGGCUUGUCAAAUCUGCAUUGCUUGUGACUGGCAUAAUUCAUGAUAACAUUCUUGUGUCCAUGGGUUUGCAUAUCAGGACAUGGGCCAAUGUCCCUCGUGGUAGUGGCUUGGGGACUUCUAGCAUCUUGGCUGCUGCUGUUGUGAAAGGGCUUCUCCAGAUAACUGAUGGAGAUGAAAGUAAUGAAAAUGUUGCCAAACUUGUUUUAGUGUUAGAACAGUUAAUGGGAUCAGGAGGCGGCUGGCAGGAUCAAAUUGGAGGUCUGUAUCCUGGAAUAAAAUAUACUGCAAGUUUUCCUGGAAUUCCAUUGCGACUUCAAGUCAUCCCCCUUCUCGCUUCUCCUCAAUUGAUUCUAGAGUUGCAGCAACGCUUGCUUGUUGUAUUUACUGGUCAAGUUCGACUUGCAAACCAAGUUCUGCUAAAAGUGGUAACUAGAUAUCUUCAACGAGAUAACCUUCUUAUAUCUAGCAUCAAGCGUCUUGCUGAAUUGGCAAAGAUUGGGAGGGAAGCUUUAAUGAACUGUGACAUUGAUGAGUUAGGGGAAAUAAUGUUGGAGGCUUGGAGGUUGCAUCAGGAACUUGACCCUUUCUGCAGCAAUGAGUUUGUUGACAGGCUCUUUUCAUUUGCCGACCCUUACUGCAGUGGCUACAAGCUUGUGGGUGCUGGUGGCGGGGGUUUUGGAUUGUUACUUGCCAAGGAUGCUGACUGUGCCAAGGAAUUGAGGCAAUCAUUAGAAGCGGAUUCAAGUUUCGACGUGAAAAUCUAUGAUUGGAACGUCUUUUUGGAAUAGUAAUUGUGAAGAGGUUAUUAAAAGGUAGCUUAUAAUAUUAUUAUCAUGAUUUUUUUUAAAGAUAUGAUGAUUAUUUAUUCUUUACUGGAGAUUAAGAUUCUUGUUCAAAUUGAUGAGGUGUCAUUAUGUAAAUUCUGUAAGAUGAAAGACCAGAAAUAUAUUACAAAAUGGAAGUACCAAUGUACCAUUACAGCAGUAUAGUUAA